UGUCACUGUCAUGGCGGUAUAUGCAAGUUUAUAUUCGCGCAGCUCAUUUUAAUCGAUCCUAUUCCUCAAUUUUAACUAUUUUUUAUGUAGACAAUCAUGAUGUCAGAAACAAUAUUGGAAAGUGUGUUUUCGGGAAAGUUGGAAUGUGAUUUACUUUAUAGAUGGUUAAGAAAUGAUCCAAUUGAGGCUGCACCAGAAGACUGUGUUUUACUAUGUUCAAAUAGAGAUGAAUUUGUGGUAUAUUUUCUGUCCUUUUUGAGGAACCAAACUGACAGCAUUUUACAAACAAACAGCAAUGCCUUACCCAUAUUGCAGCAUCAAGGCACUCCAGACAAAUCCCUCAGUCAACGAAAGCACCAUAGAUCUAUCAGUGACCCUACCUGUGACAACGACAAAUCAAACGACAGUCUCACUGUCAAAUCUGACAGAAAGGCUCAGGAGUCACCCAACAGAGAUAAGAAAAAACAGGGAAGGCGUGUUAAAACAAAGUUGUUCCCCGACGAAAGAAACAAAGAGCAAAAUCAAUCAUUGUCCUCUGAUGAAUCAAGACUUAGUGUAGGAGUAGAAAGACUCAUGUUGUCAAGCACUCCUCUGAAAAAUGGGUUCAAAGAAUACCCCCCUCCCAUGUCGAGCCCUGUAACACCUCAUUCCCGCUCAUUUAAUUUUGAACGAUGUGAUACUCCAAGAUUAGUGAGGCAUUCGAGAUCUCAAGACAAAAGUGUUUGUUUAGCAGACUAUUUGGUUAAUGUACAACCUAAAAGUUCAAAAAAAAGACGUUCCAAAAAUACCUCAAAUGAUGACAGCGAAACCAAGGUAGAUUUAGACUUGAGUAACUCUGAGAUUUUUCCAGAAAUUGGUGCAAGAAAAUCUAGUUCCCUCAAAUCUGAAAGACGAAGAAUCAAACCAACUAAUAUAGAUAAAAGCAAGAAAAGUUAUUCCUUAAACAGUUUUACCCCAGAAGUGUUUCAACAACCUUCAUUAGGUCUAGAAGAAAAUUUGGCUUUCAAACCAAAAGUUCAACAGAAGGAAUCGACAAACACUUUCGAAGCAGAGAGAAAUAUCUUAAAACUGGAAAGGCAUAAAUUAAUGGAAAAGUUUAAUGUUCUGGGCACUUCUACUUCACCAAAAGUAACUACUCCACAAAUUAAAAUUACCCAAAAAGAUUCCAUAGACAGAAUACAUAAUUAUAUAGAUGCAGAUUCUAAUAAGGUUUUCUUUAAAGAUAAAAUUGAUAUGUUAGUUGAAAUAUAUGACAUUUUAUUGAAAAAUAAUCUAAUAUUGAGUGUCAAUACAGAAAUAUAUUUUCUCAUAACUAUUGUUUUGUCAAAACAGUUGGAAGAAGAUUAUCUACUCUGUGAAUCUCAAAUGCAAGUCAACAUGUGUGGUAAUAUACUUAAAUUGAUACACAACAGUACAUACUUUGCUGUUAAAUCCUUGUGGAAUAUACGAGGAAUUUUAGAAAUAAUUUUGGAUAAAAAUUCCUUGAAGAUAUUGGGGGAGAAUAAAAAAGUUCGAAGUUUUUACCCGGAUUUGGCAAAAUUUUUGCUAAAUUCUUAUGGAUUAAAAUGUGAAUCUGAAUUGGUUUCGGACAGAUCUAAAAAUGGAUCUGGUAGCAGGUGUUCCAAUGGUAUGGUGUGCUUUAACUUUGAGACUGACAAUGCAGAGAAUUUUCCGUCCAUCCUUAGCUUCCAGAAUUUCAAAAAGCAGAGGGACAUGUUUUAUGAGAUUUUGAGAUGGUAUCAAGAAAGCCAGAGUUCUGGUCUUUCGCGCAGCAUACUGCGAGCGCGCAUCAAAUCGCUGCUUUGCUCGGGCACCAGCGCCGCCAACUACGCGCACCUGGCUGCUCUGUUCACGCAGAUGCUGCUCGACUCGCUGCCCCCCAACGAACAGGAGUCGAAGUUGAGUAAGCUCCAGAGAAGACUGACAUGCCCAUCUGCAUCGGAAUCUAAUCGUCUCCCAAGUUUCAGUGACAAAGAAAUGUUUUAUAAGGAAUUCGUAAUGUUUUCAGAGAACGAGAGUUUUAGAGUGCAUUUGCGAGACGCUUUGGCUUCUGAAAUUAUAGCCCUAGACAGUACACCACUUGGUAACGAAUCUUCGAAUGGGGCUGACAUAUCAAAAGAAUUCCUGCAGAUAUCCAAAAAGCUAGGUCUGCUGUCCAAGUUCUUAGGCUACCUCACUUCUCUACCGUACGCUCAAAUACCAGUGGACAUCUUACUAAAGACUGGUGCAUUGACCUUGGGUAACCAAAAGGAGAUAUUUACUGCGCCCAAGGAGAAAGUAUUAGAAAACAAUAUCGCACUGAGGAAUUAUAGCCAACCUGCUAUAAACCUGUUGGGCAUUCUCACCACAGCCUACGGAAAUGGCCGACUGACUAUAACCUUACCGUGGAUAGUCCACUACAUAUCCAUGCUAGACUACACUACACUACGGCUGAAAUACUACCAAAACCUACUGAAAAUACUAUUCCACAUAUACACAUUAAAAUUCGAACAUUUAAAGAAAAAUACUUUGAUAUUUCUCAAAUCUGCUUUAGGGUGGCUUUUUGACUUACCCCAUUUUCCUAGAGAGACGUUUUACGAAAAGUCCGAUAGUGCUGUGAUAAAUGUUAACAUGGACAAUAUCGAUAAUAAGAUUAUUGAUUCGUACGAUUUGAUCGAUGAAUCGAUUUUGUUUGAACUGUGUCCAUAUUUGAAGGAUAUCAAUGUAUUGGUAUCGACUACUCGAGUGAUUCAUGACAAAGAUGCGGGUAGUUUUAGACAUAUUACACCCGUUUGUUUGAGUUCUAAUACAGAAGAUCGCAUACGCAAUAAGGAAAAGGAAUUGCAGAUCCGUCUAGAAGAAGAGUUAAUCAAAAGCCAGCCGUCCUCCACGCGCAGAGUACUAGAGCUGGUCACCGAGCGCGUGUCUUCUGGAGCUGUGAAGGAACUGACGGCGCACGCGCUGCCUGACGCUGCGAGAAAAGCUAGAAAGAAUGCUAUAGAUAUAGUGCACAAUUGUAAGGAUAAGACAUCACUCUUGCAAUCCUUGCAAGCGAUGUACGCGGAGAGCCUCUCGCGUCUUCGUGCGGAGGCGCUGGAGUCGUGUCGGUCCAACGUCAGGCAGCGCGUGUCCACGGCGCUGGCCGCGCUGCUGCCCAACGCGCCGCCGCCGCUGCAGGUCGUGGCCGCGCGCGCCUGCUACAACCGGCUUGCUAAGUGGACCAACGACCACUGGUCUACUACCGACGUGCUGUGCAAGAACAUUGAGGACGAAAUGAACUCGCUCAUAGCGCUCGGCGACUGCGCGUCCGUCAGCCCGAACACCGAGCACGCGUCCGUGCUCUCCGCGGAGUUUGACAGCUUGCACAGCCCGGCGCACACCAUCAUAACUCUCAAGGAACAAAUCUGCCUUCUGCUGGACUACGAAGAAAUCCCGGACCCGUCUGCGGUGCUGGAGUGCUGCGUGAACUGUUGCCAGCCCAGCAACGUGCUGAGUCGGCCGCCCGCGCAGAGGGCGCUGUUGCAGCUCUCUAUUGACUUCUGUCUCGUCUAUUUGAGCCGCCAUACUUCAAAAAUCAAUGAAAUCCUGCCAAAACUUCACACUAUAUGGGACACCUGUUGCCCUGACCGGAAACGCCUGACCCCUGAUGAUUUGGACCCCCCUGACAGGAGGCUGGAACUGUCCCCUACGUUCGCGAACUUUGACGACGAACGAGCCCCCACUCCUCAGUCUGAUGAAGAAGCCAAUGUUGAAGUCAAAGAGUUAAAGAUUGUUAUUGUCAAAGAAGUCAAGGACGUUGAAGUUAAGGAGAUUAAAGUAUCAUCAGUAAUGGAAACUCCAUCAAAACCGGCACAGGAAUCCGAAUCCAACGGUCUAUUGGAGUUCUUCGACCGCAUGCUGUGCCCACGUAACAUAGUGUUACUGAGCGACACCAAGUGCAAGGCGAGUGAAGUUUGGGAAGCUUUGGCUGACGUGUUGGUGUUUCUACUGAAGAACGACUACUUGAGUGAGGACUCUUUGACUGAGCAGUGCUUGGCAGUGUACAGGCAGGAUUGGCCUCAGAACAUUCUUGAAAACCUGUCAACUUGUAUGAAAUCAGUAUCGUCCAGAUGGUCGCGGUCAUCUACGGGGAAAUUCACUUUAUUCUUGGACUUUCUAGCGGACUAUUGCAACGAUAUGGACUAUGAUUUAGUUGAGUAGAAAUGUAUUUAAAUAAUAUUAAAAAUUAUGCUAAAUGGAAGUAGAUUGGAAAAAUCUUUGUUAAAUGAAAAUAUUUUAGAAGAAAUGGAUUUACAUUUUGUAAGAAGAAAUAUGAAGGUUUUCCUGAUAUUUCUAAUCGUAACUAGAGUGAAACUGUACGUAAUUUAAUUUUUAACACAUUAUGAAAGACAGGCAAAGAUGCAAAUUCGUUUUCAGAAAGUGUGUUUGCAAAUGUGUUAUAAAACGUCGUAUGACAUACAUUUGAUAAUUACAGCCUCUGCUCACUUGUAAACCUCGCUUACGGCUCGGGCCAGCAAUAUCGCCUUGGCUGUAAUUUUCAACUUAUCGCACUUAUAUCUAAAUAUACUCUCAGACCAAUUAUAGAAGGAUCUGCAUCGCACUCAUAGUCACAAACAAAAUUGUCUGUCUCUUUCUGAGGAAAACGAGCUUAGAUUUUAUGUAUAUCUCAUACUAAUUAGAAUUUUUUGCCCGUUUUUUACACAAUUCAAUUACACAAAAAGGUAUUUUUACGGAGCUCUAUAACCGACGAACACGAUCACACCUAUUUAACAUCGAUACUAUAGAGACAGUUUUUAUAAUCGCAUUAGAUCGUUGAUCAUAUACUUUGACAGAAAAGUAACGUCUAGCGAGGCAGGUCCUGUACAAUAAUUGGUCUGAGAAAUAUACUAUAAUAAUCCACUGUCAAAAGCAUGUUUCACGCUUGAUUGCGAUUUCUAAUGUCAUUACAAAUAACGGGACUAGUGUAGACAAAGAAGGAAUUACACUAAUACUCGGGUCAAUUACAGAAGGACCAGCUACCAAAUUCACGAACGAAAUUGUCUGUCAUUUUCUAAGGAAAACGAGCUUAGAUUUAGUAUAUGUCUUAUACUAAAUUAGAAGUUUUUGUCCGUUUUUUACACCAUACCACUACACAAAAGGUAUUUUUACGGAACACCUUAACCCACCAACACGAUUACAACUAUGAAACAUCAAUAAUAUAGAGACAGUUUUUAUAAUCGCAUUAGAUCGUUGAUCAUAUACUUUGACAGAAAAGUAACGUCUAGUGAGGCAGGUCCUUAUGUAAUUAGUCUGAGCACUGUCAGAAAGCUUCUAUCUCAUUCACACUGAAAUGAACAAUGUAUACAUUCUGUACAGGAACAAGACAGAGAUAUAUGAUUUUUUUUUUGUUUAAUUUCAGCUAAAUUUUUCGAGAUCAGGGAAACAAAAUUAAAUCUCACCUAACAUUCUGUUUUACAAUUUCAGUAUUUACUUCUUUGUCUAUGGAGUUUGCCCAUUUUAAAUAAACAUUUUUAUCAAUUUUUCAUGUGCAUGAAAAUAGACAUAAGAUUCUUUGAUCAACGGCUCUGAGUUCCAAAUUUUUUGAGCCUUUAGUCAUUAUAUAUUAGAUAUUCGAAUAAAAAUUAAAAUACGUGACAAAUAAUAAUAAAACAUAGUAACACCAAAUUGAAAGUCUAAUAUUCUAAGGUACAUACAUAUUUAGAAAAAUCUAGUUUAGAUAAAAAGAGACUAGAAGAUUUUAAAAAUAUUAAUAUGGAUGUUAGCUGGUUAACGAAUAUUUUGUCGUAACUCUGGUAACCGAGUCUCAUUUUAUCUAUUUAAAAAAAAUUAAAAUAAAAAAAUGUGUGACGUCAUAGGAAUAGGACAGACUAUCCUAUUCCUAUGACGUCACACAAUGACUAGUAGACGUUUAGUGUUGUAAAAAGAGGAUUCGCGUGGAAUAAAAUCAACUAAACCCGAGUAAAAUAUAAUAAUAAUAAUAAUUUAUCUUUUUACAUUUAACAUAAUAAAAUAUUAUUAUGUAAAAGCUAGUAGUAAUAAUGCGGCUUUGCUAUAAUAUGCGGUUAACAUUGCCCGACAGAUUUGGUCUGUGAAUGUGUUUGUAUUUGGAUGAAUAAAAUUAAUGCCUUGCCAAUUGCCAUGCCAUACAUAGAGAUGGUUAUGGCGCAAAAGAAUAAAAAACAAAAUAAUUCGCAUUUAUAAUAUUGGGAAGGAUAACUUAGCAAGAGGAAGGAUGUGGUCAGUGGCUGAUUUACAAGUUUGCCGCCAGUAGGCUGUUUAAUUUUUGCCGCUCCUGUUGGUCGUCUAAAAUUCGAUAACCUAGUUCGCAAUCAUAUUGAUUUAAUUUUAUUUUGUUAAUAAAAUUAACUUUAAAAUUUGUCUUAAUUACUUCCUUUUCAAGUUAAUUUUCUGUUAACAAAAAUUUUUGGGCCAAAUUUGCCGCCCCCUAAAAUUUUGCCGCCCUAGGCUGCAGCCUACUCAGCCUGCUGGUACGAAUAAAUCCGUCACUGGAUGUGGUAUAUGCUUAUACCUACGGGAAUAAGGCAUGAAAUAAUUAACGAAUGAAAUAUACACCAAAAAUAAAAAUAACAAGCAAGAAAUAAAGUUAAAAACUAAUGUACAAUUAGUUGCAUGACAUAUAUGGUAUGGAUGUGUAUGUAUAAUACUCGUAUGUAGGAUAACAUUUGACUUUGUUGAUUUAGAUUAGAACGACUAGUUAGUGUUAUAUUGUUAAACUUUCAAAUUGUUAUUUGAGUAAGUUAUAAUGAAAUUAAUAGAGAGAAAAAAUUAAUAGAAUUUGUUUGUAUAUAAACUGGUGAAGUUUUUGUAAAUAUUUUCUAAUCAUUUUAUUACUAUCUAUUUCAUUGUUUUAAAUGGACUUUAUUGUAAAUUUAAAAAUCUUAAUUUUUUUUAUACUUGCUAAAUACGGAUAUGUAUAUGUUACCGGCAAUCUGCAUAAUCCGGUAUUCUAUAUAAUGCUUAGGCAAUGUAUAGAAAAUUGCCCUACUGUUUUUGUAAAGCACGAUGUCAGAAAAGUCUUCUGGCGUAGCCCAAUUAAAAACCUGAGUGUUGGAAAAAUGAUUUUUAGGUUAAUUUCAAGUUAUUGUUACUGUUGUGAACCUACAACCCAGAACCGCAAAGCCAGUUAUUUAAAAAAAAACAUAAUAUUUGACUCUUUGCCAGAACACCCCCGGUAUUCUAUUCAAUACCUAGACAUUGUAUGGGAUACCUGAAUUAUACAUUUUGCUAGUAACAAUUAGACAUAUGCAAAUAUUUUUAAUUUCAUUUAUAAAAAAUGCCCCAGUGAUGUAUUUCUCAGUUAUUUAAAAUUUUAUAACAGACUGCAUAAAAAUGGGUUGAACCAUUUAUAACGAAUACAUAACCUUAUUUUAAAAUUAAAUUAAACUUAACAUUACUGCCAUUUUUGUUAGAGCAUAGAAUUAAUUGGAAAAAAAAUAGUCCUGGUUUUAAAAAAUUAAGUAUUUUUAGAUAUGGUGAACUAGAAGUUAAGUCAUUACAAGAUGACUUGGCAUCAUCACUAGCAACCCAUAUUCGGCUCACUGUUGAGCACGAGUCUCCUAUCAUAAUGAGAGGGGUUAGGCUAAUAGUCCACCAAGCUGGCCCAAUGCGGAUUGGCAGACUUCACACACGUAGAGCAUUAAGAAAAUUCUCAGGUUUCCUCACGAUGGCAUCUUUACUAAAACCAUUGAUAAAUGUAAUAUGUUUAUCAACAAACAAAUUAAAAAUGAUAUAAAUCGCUAGUCAUUUUACACCCAAUGAAAAUUUUAAUUAACCUUUUCCUAUAUUAAUGACUAAGAAUUUGAUUAAUAAGUUUUUGAAUAAAAUUUUAUAAAAAAAUAAAAAAGUUUUGAAUAAAUUAGGUAUGAAACGACAUUCACCAUCUAUGAUUUACUUGUUGAUAAACAUUCCACAUCGACUUUGGCUUUAGUAUUUACUUGUAUGGCAUGCUAAAAGUAGAUUUCAUUUAAUUUAGAUUACCUACAUGUUGUAAAAUAUAAAUAUGAGCAUUUUAAGCUUUCAUUUUUCAAUUAUAAUAUAAUUUUAUAUAAUUAUAUUAAAUCAUUGUGGUACAUUUUUAUUGGAAAUCAGCUUGUUAUACAUUCUUUGUUUAUCACUAUUUGGGAUUCGUGUGUUUUUACUACGUGUAUAGAUUAUAUUGGUCAUUGAAUCAAGGUAAUAUUGUAAUUAUUGUUUUGUGAUCUGCAAGAAGUACUAGUAUGUACCUACCUUAAGCACGUCCAUUUUAAAAGGUCAUUUUCGACAUUGUUGUAUCCAAUAUUGUGUAGAAGCAACUCCAAAAUGAGAACAGCACGUCCAUUGUCACUAGAAAUACAUGAUGCUCUGAUGGUUAGCCUUUACUCUUUACUCUUGAAAUAUUUGGUUAUCUACUUUUUCCUAUAUACAGGGUUAUAUAAUGAUUUAUUUAUUUUGCUAUCAUCCGCGAAAAGCCGACGAACCCAUGCGACAACGUCACCCAGGUCCGACAAAAUACUCUCUACGUACGUUUCACACCGAAACCGGAGCAUCCUCAGGAGAUGUUGACUCUACAACGUGCAAUUGCCAAAGUAUCUUUGCAAUUGCACGUUGUAUUUUGUCGGACCUGGGUGACAUUGUCGCAUGGGUUCGUCGACUUUUCGCAGAUGAUAGCAAAAUAAAUAAAUCAUUAUAUAAUCAUGAUGAACUUCCGCAAAGUAACGUCUGCUUCUAUCCAAUAUUUAUAUACAGGGUGUCCUAUAAAUGUUACUUUACAAGAUGUUAGCUGUCAUCAAGGUCUACUAAAACAACUCAAUAUAUGUUAGCCGAAAUUUUACGGUUAAAACUAACAUAUAUUGCGUUAUUUUAGUAGGCCUUGAUGUCAGCUAUCAUCCUGUAGAACAUUUCUUAUUUUUACAGGACACCUGUAUAUAUCUACUCAAUAGCAACCUUGCAAGGUAAUAAUGUGUCUCGGUGAACGAUUCAAAGCAUGAGCCAGUUCAUCGUCUCGAUAACGUCAUUUCGUUGAUAUAACCACGUUAGACGAUCGCAAAAGCAAAUGAAAAUACUGCCACUUGAUGUACUUAGUGGCUUAUGUUUCAAAUCGUACAGAAUUACCCUGUGGUGUUGGGAAAUUGGCGGUGGUUUAUUUAUAUUUUUGGUUUACAAAAUCCGGUCCGGGGGGUGCGAUUCCGCUAUUUUACACUCGUCGAUGUAUGUGUGUCAUAUUCGAAUUUGAACUUUGUUUGUAUAGGAUGCCAAAAUUAAAAUGUCACUAACACAAUAGAUAAUGAUCCAGAAUGACUACUGACUACUAUCUAAACUUUUUAAGGUUUUAUCAAGUUCAGUUUAAUCGCGAUUUUCUGGUAAGAAUUCAAAGGUCCCGAGGCAUUGCCUAGCCUCUGUCUAGCUAUUAUCAGGUGAUCGGGUAUUAUUUGACUUGUUUGCAGUGUCAAGCUAUACCCUAUGCCCGCCUCGUAUAACGGCAAUAUGAUUCUCUCCUACAAGGAAAGAGAUCUGGCAUUACAAUGGGCUGACUAUGAUACGUCUUAUAAUACUCAUAACGCAAGUAAGCAGAAGUUAGUUGAAUCUUUAAUGUACCUAUUUAUUAAAAGUCAGUAUCGAAAUGACCAUUUAAAAUGGACAUUGGGAAACGAAAUGUUUUAUUAGUGAUCUAGGUAGAAAAUAUAUCGAUUCAUGUACGUUUUUUGUACUGUUUAUUUUGUGCAAUUAAAUCUGUAUAUAAGAUAAUAAAA